AUGUCCGACGGUGGAAAAACAGUGUCUGGCAGUGAAUAUAGGAAACGACGGGCGCCGAAGGAAGCUGACGAUAAGAAGCAAAAGGAUGCACUACAACGAUAUUUCAAGCCAAAGAGACAACGACCUAGCAGCGGCAAGGGUGGAAAAACAGGUCCUGAAAGUACAGAAACUAGUGGAGCUACUGCAGCUACAUAUUUAUCUUCAGGACAUGACCAGAGAGUUGACGAACACAGUACUGCGACCAGCGCAUACAGUAACAAUGCUGACGGUGGACCAUCCACAAAAUGUUCAACAGACCUCGUCUGGACUCAGGACCUGCUUUGUAACGAAAGCUCCGAGAUUGAAACAUCAGGCACAACUGAAAUUAAGCGACCCGAUUCGGAAAAUACCGGAGGAACAUCAGCCGAGGUAUUCACCACUGGAGAAGGGAUUGAAUGCGAGCGUAAACUAGAAGACACAAUUGACUCAGAUUCCGGAAGAUGGCCGGAAAUUAUUAUCGACUACAUUAGAACGACUUUGGUCAUGCGAGGUCCUCCCGAGCCCUUUAAGGAAGCUAGAGAAUGUCCUAAAAAAUCGGACAACCGGCGUUUCAGCCAUGUGCACUGCAGCUACUCUUUCAAGAAUUUAGAAGAAGCAGAUAGACAUUGCGUGGUGGGCGGGCAGGCGGCGGCCGUGGAGCGCUUCCCGUGGCAGGUGUCUCUGCAGCAGCGUGGCCGCCACCACUGCGGCGGCGCCCUGGUCAGGCCACAGUGGGCGCUGACGGCGGCACACUGCGUCGCCUCCUACUUUGGGCUCGGCCUCAGCGUCCGCGCCGGCACCUCCACCAGGGGCAGCGGCGGCGUCGUGCGCGCCGCAUCCAGUGUCCACCCCCACCCCGGCUUCUCCUGGACCUCUUUCGACUACGACGUCGGCCUCGUGAAGGUCGCGGAUCCCUUUGUCUUCGGUGCAACAAUUCAGGCAGCGGGACUGCCAUUAAAGGAACCGGCCGUGGGAUCGCUGGUGACGGUGACCGGCUGGGGCAGGCUGUCGGAGCACGGUCCGGCGGCCACCCAGCUGCAGGCGCUCACCGAGCCCGUGCUGGACCCGCGGCGCUGCGGCGAGGCGUACGCCUUCCUGGGCGGCAUCACGCAGCGCAUGCUUUGCGCCGGCUUCCCCGAGGGCGGUCGGGACGCCUGCCACGGCGACAGCGGCGGCCCGCUGGUGCAGCGCCGCCUCCUCGUCGGCGUCGUGUCGUGGGGCCUGGGCUGUGCGCGGCCCGGCCUGCCGGGCGUCUUCUCCAACGUCGCCACCCUGCGGCCCUGGAUCACUGAGCACAUAGGCGCCGCUUGA